GCUACUGAAGCAGAGAUCGGUGUCAUUUAGCUUUUAGAGACAGGACAGAGCAGUUUAUGACCUUAAGACUUGAAAAUGUCCGACAGAGAGUUGAUCACAGGUGCUCUCUCAGACAGAGAAUAUGAUACUGAGAAGUUGGACCUUGGAGAGGAGGAGGAGGAGAAGUGCACAUGUGUGACAGCAGAGAAGAGAGAGAAGACCCCGUCUCUCCGGGAGCUGGAGGAGGUUUUACACUCCGCUCCACGCUCCUGUCGCCAUGGAGAUGAGGUGUGGCCGCGCCUGUAUCUGGGAGACAUGGUCAUGUCUCAUGACAAGUUUGGGCUGUGGCAGCUGGGCGUCACUCACGUGCUGAACGCCUCUCAUGGUAAACUGUGCUGUAAGGGCAGUGAUGAUUUCUAUGGAACCACAGUGAAAUACUAUGGAGUCCCAGCCAACGACCUGCCGACGUUUGACCUUUCACCCUAUUUUUACCCUGCGGCUGAGUUUCUUCACCAGGCUUUGACAUCAGGAGGAAAGGUGUUGGUGCACUGUGCUGUGGGUGUGAGUCGCUCGGCUGCAUUGGUCCUUGCCUUCCUGAUGAUUCAUCACCACCUCAGCCUUCUGUCCUCCGUACGCUGCGUGCAAGAGAAACGCUGGAUCUUCCCAAACAGGGGCUUUCUGCGACAGCUCUUAGCCCUGGACCGAAAACUGCAGCACACAGAUAUGAAUGAGCCAAAAUAAAACAAGCUCUCCCCUCACUCGUCCUCCUCUGAUGUGACCUCAGUCUGGUCAUCUGGCAUCUGUGAGCAGACCGGUCAAUGCAGCAGCUCCAUUAAAACACUCCACAUCCAGGCGGAGAGAACACUCUGAAACACAGGGAG